AUGGCAGCAACGACUGUCACAACCGAGGCCUGGGCUCGCUGCCAUUGCAGCGAUUUAUGGGGUUUAAUGCAAAAUGUUGCUGAUUACGGCUUGGAAAACGGAGGGAUAGUCCAACUUUGGGCAGGACCUAUCAUAGCUUAUGGACCCACGUGGAGGAUACACAAUAAACUACUAAGUCCAUCGUUCAACCAACAAGUAUUAAACACGUUUCUACCUGAAAUGAAUGUACAGGCUCGAAAUAUGGUCUCACAAAUGACUACUGUGGCUGGAAAGGGACCAGUUGACAUCAAGGAAUUUAUAACUCAAUAUAUACUAAGAUCAGUUUGUCGAACUUCACUGGGAUUAGAAUCUAAAGAUCAAGAUAUAAUCGACAACGGUUACGCGAAAGCGCUAGAAGAAAUCUUCAGAAUUGUAUGCUACCGUGCUUUAAAUGUGGAUGUAUAUCUUUCAUGUAUUUACUACUGGACGUCAAUGGGAAGAAGAGAAUUGGAACUAGUCAAAGUCGUUAAGAAAAUGAUAAAUCCUAUAAUUCAAAAACGCAAAUCUGAAUUAAAACCUACAAAUAUUGAUAAUUACGAUAGUUCAACAACAGGUAAAUUCAAACCUACGCUAGAUUUGAUGCUGGAUUUGUCUAAUGAACAAAACGUCCUCUCCGAUGAUGAUAUUAGGGCGCAUCUGAAUACUUUCGUAGCAGCUUCUUAUGACACAACUUCAGCAGUAUUGCAUAAUGCGCUGAUGGUGCUUGGAUCAUAUCCUAAUGUGCAGGAACGAGUUUAUGAAGAGCUUCAAGACGUUUUUCAAAAUAAUGAUGAGUUGACGAAAUACGAUAUGUCUAAACUUGUUUACUUAGAAGCUGUGCUAAAGGAGGUAUUGAGGGUAUAUGUCGCAGCUCCAUUGGUGGCGAGAAAAAUUGAUGCCGAUAUUGUACUGCCGAAAUAUACAUUGAGAGCGGGAAGUAUAUGUGUCGUAUCAAUAUAUGGCCUUCACCGUCACCCCUCCUGGGGACCAGACGCGAAGGAAUUCAAACCGGAGCGAUGGCUGAAUCCCGAUACAUUACCUACGAACCCCAACGUAUACGCUCCGUUCAGUUUUGGCAAGCGAAACUGUAUUGGUAUGAUCACUUGA